UAUGACUUACGUGGUUUUUAAUUCGUUUUAAUUUCGUAUGUUUUAUUAGGAGUCUGAUUCAUUUGUCACGUCCACCGGCCGCAGACUGGUACAAGUCAUACGAGGAAGUCCCGCCUCCUCUUCCAGCGUCUCUGAUUGGUCUCCACGCAUGUCUAUCCCGUAACAGCCAUGUCUAGAUUAUGGGUCAGAUAGAGGCGCAUUGGCUUUAAUCUUCACAGGAAUUAUUUCGCCGUUCUGCCUUUGGACGUCCGCGCCGUCGCAGGCUGCCGCCGCCAGAGAGACACCGACGACGCACGCGGCCCCGCGCAUCGCCUGCGCUUCUGUCGGCGGACACUCGGGAUGAUGUUUCUAAUCAAGCGCCGAGACGCGUUUGUUGUCGAGCCGUGAAAAAGAACGGGGUGUUUCCGCAUCCAGGCUGUGACACGCGCGCGGGACCAUAGAUGCGAUUCAGCUCCGGCACGGGUGGCGUUUGACGAGACGAAAAUCCGUCCAAAUGAUGUCAGGGAAGCAUUUCAAGGUCCAUGAAGUCAGCUGCUGCAUCAAGUACUUCAUCUUCGGCUUCAACAUCAUAUUCUGGUUCCUGGGCAUCGCGUUCCUCGCCAUCGGACUGUGGGCAUGGAGCGAGAAGGGGGUCCUCUCCAACAUCUCGUCCAUCACGGACCUGGGGGGUUUCGACCCCGUGUGGCUCUUCUCUCUCGUGGGCGGCGUGAUGUUCAUCCUGGGAUUCGCCGGCUGCAUCGGAGCGCUGCGAGAAAACUCCUUCCUGCUCAAGUUUUUCUCCGUGUUCCUCGGGAUCAUCUUCUUCCUGGAGCUGACGGCGGGAGUCCUGGCCUUUGUCUUCAAAGACUGGAAGGAUCAGCUCAACCUUUUCAUCAACAACAACAUUCGGGCCUAUAGGGACGACAUCGAUCUGCAGAACCUGAUAGACUUCACUCAGGAAUACUGGGAAUGCUGUGGCGCUUUCGGGGCCGAUGACUGGAACAUGAACAUCUACUUCAACUGCACCGACUCGAACCCGAGCCGGGAGAAGUGCGGGGUGCCCUUCUCCUGCUGCACCAAAGAUCCCGCGGAGGACGUCAUCAACACUCAGUGUGGAUAUGACAUCCGAGCGAAGACGGACUCCGAGCAGCGGCCGUUCAUCUACAUCAAAGGCUGCGUGCCUCAGUUUGAGAAGUGGCUGCAGGACAACCUGACGGUGGUGGCGGGCAUCUUCAUCGGCAUCGCGCUGCUGCAGAUUUUCGGCAUCUGUCUGGCCCAGAACCUCGUGAGUGACAUCGAGGCGGUCAGGGAGAGUUGCUUGUUCACCUGAGACCUGCAGGGGCUUCAGAGGCGAGAAGGAUCCGGGUAAGCGCUGUUUGAGUCCAUCAUCCACUAUUGACCGCCCCCACCCCUCCCUCGCUCCCGUCGGCUGAAACCUUUCCUUUCCCACCAGUGGAUUCUGCAGUUUGGACGCCAGCAAUGACGACAAAUAAAUCACUCAUCUAAUGUGUUCAAAACUACCUUCUUUCACGUGUAUAUAAUACAUUUAGAGUUCCUGUGGGCCGGUGGAAUGAAGCAAAGCCUCUGAAGUUUGACAAAAACAUGCAGUGUUAGCAGGAAUGGAGCUUGUCUUUGAGGCAGUGCUUCAUUUAUAAAACAUACUUGUUUUUUUUUUCUUAUAUGUUUCACUGCUGCAGUUUCACCACUGCAUGUAAAGGGACGUGUACAGAAGUGAAGCGAUUCUGGAAAUGCACUGCAUGCCUCUCGUCUGCUCGUAGGACACUGGCUUCUCUCACCGUGUUUCAUUAGUGUGCAGUGUUUUAAAAUGGCCACCGGCUCGGAGCGGCCGGGCCGGUUAGCACUUUGUUGAAUGUUUCAUGGGGUCGGCUCGCUCGCAGACGUGCUCGGUUUGCGCGAGUCGACCAGAUGCACUGAAAGAAGCAGAUGCUGCGUCUGAGUCGAGGGUCGUCCUCGAGCACUUUAAUCCUCACGCAGGAGAGGCGGCCGCUCAGCCCAAGUCACGGCCGGCUGCUGUUGUAGUGAAGCCGCGUCGCCUUCAGGGGGCUCUUACUUUGAAAAGCCUCCAGUCCACAUCAAUCCCGACUUUAUCCAGCAGCUCGAAAGGAACAAUGAGCACAGGUUUUGUGUUGCUGCUUGCACAUUGCUUUGAUUUACAGUCUCCGCAUUCCCGCAUUUGUUUUCUUAUAACCGCUUCCCACAAGUUCAAUGCCCCGGUGAUGAUAUACAGUAACUUCCUCGGUUGUAUUUCCUGUUUUGUCACUAGACCGUGAGGAAACCAGCUAAUUCCAAGGCUCAUAUUGAACUGCAUGCCGGUAGUAGCUCAGUAGUAGAGCAAACAUCUCACCAGCAUCCUUUAAUGCAGCCUCUGUUUUCUCACCUGGAAGCAUGUGCGUUGUUCUCAAACUGAACCGUAUAGCAUGGAGGUCAAAGCUGACCUCAUGUAAACCUGCAGGUUACACUAUGUCCUAGUAGUCGGGUCGUUUGCAGCGAAACGAUCCCAGAAAAAGAUGUUGAAAUAUGUAUUUCUGGACCUGGAAAUGUUCUAAUAAAUGUAUAAAGCAGCGAUGGCGUCAGAUGUCCUUUUCCCCACUAGAAGCUUCAGAUGAUUGUGUGUGUUUACUGAUCUCUCCUACCACUCGGUGCCAUACUUGUACUUCUCUUUAUAACCUCACGUUUGUUCCCAGCGGACUCCUGGUUCUUGUACAUACGUGGACUGUGACAGGCUGUAAAUAUGAAAUUGAAUAAAUGUGGUUCUUUGUACACUG